UCAUUAUACAUAUUUUUUCUUUUUACUUAUAGGUCAAGAUGGAACUCAUUGAAACUCUUCUUAGCUUCUCUGAGAAAGCUGGUGAAAUUGCUCGGACAAUACGGAGAGAGCCAAAGCUUUUUUCUUUGUUGGUCGAGGAGAAAGGAGAAGAGGAGAAGAAUCAAAGGUUUACACAAGACUUUAAGACCCUAGCAGAUGUGCUUAUCCAGGAAGCUCUCAGGCAUCAUGUUACACAAAUGAUUCCAUCACUUGGAGAACAUGUACAUGGGGAAGAGAGUGCUGAAUUUACAAAUACUCUUGGGGAACGGGUUAUUGUCCAGAUUUGUGCAACAAAAGAAGAGACAGCUACACUUCUUGAGAAGGUUUUAGAUGGCAACAGAGAAGCAGCAGACCUAUUGGCAGCUGUUGUUCAUACAGCUAUUAUUGUAAAACCUGACUCGACAUUAGCAGCCAAGAUACCGAAAAUACCUCUGGAUAACUUGGGUAUAUGGAUUGAUCCUAUUGAUUCCACUGGUGAAUAUGUUCGAGGUGAGAUUGGAAAGUUGAGUGGGAGCAUAUACAGCAGUGGACUUCCGAGUGUGACUAUCCUCAUUGGCUUUUACGACCGCUUUACUGGUGAAAUUAUAGGAGGUGUUGUUAAUCAUCCCUUUGCCGUGUAUGAUGAAGAAAACCAAAGUUGGCAUGGGGAAGUUUACUGGAGUGUCAAUUAUAAUGAUGUUAAAGUCCACAAUAUGCAGAUCCAUAAACUUGCCUCUGAUGCAACUCGUCCAGUAAUAGUGAUGUCAUCAAGUGAAGAUGUAAAAGUGCAGGAAAUGCUUGGAAAGAAGUUUGACAUUGUUUAUGCUUCUGGUGCUGGAUAUAAACUUCUUGUUGUUGCACUUGGUCAAGUGGUGGCAUAUGUUUGCUCCAAAAGUUCAACUUUCCGAUGGGACACAGCAGCACCACAUGGUCUGCUGCAAGCCUUGGGAGGUGGUGUAGUAGUCUACAGGCAGUUAUUAAGUUCAGCUGAAGAUAAUCAUGUCUCAGAAGAUAUGUUGAAAAAUAUUCAGAUAAAGUACAACAAGCCAAAUGCUGAUUCACCAAAAGCCAGCUUACAAUGGAGCAAUGCAGGAGGAAUUGUGGCUUAUAGGGACAAUAAGGUAUUACCAACCAUUUUAGAAUGUUUGAGAAACUCAUAGAUAAGAGUGUCUUUUAUCUUUUUUGUAAAGAGUAAACAAUAAUUUGGUCAUAUGUAACCCUUUUGGUGUGCUGUCUGUGGUUAUUGAUGAACUUUGUGAUAUCCAGAUUUGGUACCAGGAUGCAAAAUCUUGUACACUUUUGAAUGGUAUUAUUUUAAUUUUAUCUUUUGAAAUUAUGCUGUUAUUAUUUUACCUUAGUUCAUAAGAUCGGAUACCUAUAACAUUCAUAGGAAAUAUGUUAAUUCAUUAAGGUUCUCAGUUAUAAAUGAAAUAUAUUUCACUGCUUUUUCUUGUGUAAGAUAUGAUAUGCAGUGCAACUUUUUUUUUUUUAUCAGAAAAGACAGACUUCUCUUUUAUGAUGAUGGUACCAUUUUUAACAUUCAGCCCAGAUUAUGUAUUUAAUAGAAUAAUAUGACUUUGUAUAGAUAUGGCAAUAUGUUCUGUUAUUAUAAAGAUAACCUGAUAUAUUAAUAUAUUGUGCAUGUUGAUAUCAAAUUUUACAAUAUGUGUGCAUGUAUGUGUGAGUGUGUGCAUGUGUUUGUGCCUUUAUAAAGAUAUUACUUUCCUUGUUUUUUUUUUAACUGAAUUGAAGUAUUUCAUGAUAGUUUCUAUUUAAAAUUCAUAUUGUGAAGCAGCAUACUUCCAUCAUUUUAAUGUAGUUAGGUUUGCUUUUAUGGAAAAGAAUAACCCACAUGCAUUAUCCAUAUAGAUAACUGAUUUGAUCAAAUGAGUUUGUUCAAGUACAGUCAGUCCUUUCUUUUACGUGUUCAUUCUAGAUUCCAUCUAUUCUCGUCAUGUAGCACUGAACCAUUAUCAUGGCUGGUAGUUUUCCAUGCCAUGAACAGUUGAUCCUGGUCUAUAUUAUGUAAUAAACAUUCAUUCACUUGUUUGGCUGUCUUUGUUCACUGAAGAGGGACAACCUUGUAAAGUAAGUUCUUUUUAAUCUUUAUUUAUUAUUUUUUUUUUGUCUAUUUAAAAAGUCAUAUAUGCUGCAACCAAAAUUGUAAACACUAGGGAUAUCAUGUUGUCUGUGCUUUUAAUUUUUCAUAGGUAUGACUGACUAUGCCUUGCAUGUGGCUCAAUUUGCUGUGGGUUAUUCUUCAGGGAUGGUCUCAUAUUAUGUACUGUAAGAUUGUUAACAAAGUAGCAUUCCAGUAUUCUGUUUAAUGCAUACAGAGGGCAAGUCCUAGCCACAGUAUCUGUUUUACAUUAUAUUUUUGAAAAAUCUGAUUUAUAUUCUGUAUUUGUUAUAUUUGGUAACUAUUGUUGAGAUUACUAUAUGUGAAUAUUAUAGAGAUAGACUUUGAUUGAUGCAUUGAUUGUUCAUCAAGAUUACACUACAUUUUCCCAGUGAUGAUGAGUUAAUAGUUCAGAAGGGAGUUAAAAGUCUUAUUAGUUCAGAAUACCAAAGAGUUUAUAAUAUGGAGCAAAUAGAAUGGAGAUAAGUGUCAUGCAGACAUAUUCACAUAGAUGAGAUAAGUGGAGCAGCCACAUCAAGGAAGGGCAGAUGAUUUGGUUGUUACCUACUGAAGCUGUAGGAAUUUUAUCAAGAAUUAAGGUACAGCUUGCUGCUGACAUUGUUGUUAUCAGUGUAUAACAUAUAUAUUCAUGGAAUACACCCUGAGAUGUGCAGUUGAUGUGCUUUUGCAGAAGUAAUGACAUUCCAGUUUAAGAUUAAUUUUGAACUUUUAUUUUUUU